AUGACCUUCGCCAUGACCUCGUCCUCAUCCUCAGCUUUACUUCGUCUAAUUUCUCGAAGAUCUGCCAUAACUAUCUCCAAUGUCUCUUGCUCAUUUAAAUCAACGAAAUCAACUCCAUCACCCCAGUUAAAUUCAUUGGAUGACGAUUCAUACUAUCCAGUUGGUCCUGCAGAGCCUUCAUCACCCGACGAUGCUUACAUCUCAAGAUACCGUGAUCCAUCUCACCAUGAUGACUACAUACUAUUAGAUCACCACCAUCCUUACACGUUUCGUGCUAGACCCACUGCUACUCAGGCUCUGCCUCCUCGAAAGCGUCCACCUACCUUCGAUGCGGCUCAGUCUAGCUUCGAGGCUCGCGUAGCACGACUCGAGAUGGAAGGGUCUUGGGCUGGCUCUCUCACAUACUCCGGGAAAACUGAGUCUACCAAAUUGUUGCCCGAACGAAGAGUUGAAAUCUCGAAACGAGGAAUAGGAUUGUGUUUUCCAGGUUCUGGCUCACAAUAUAUAGGCAUGGGCUCAUUCCUUCUGCCUCACUCCAAAGGCUUUCGCGACACUUGGGAUGAAGCAGAAGAAGCUUUGAUCGGUUUUGAGCGUUGGAGGCAGUCCCUUGAUCUCGUGGAUCGCCUGCAUGCUCUCGGUUAUACAUCGGAUCAAGCGAACUUGCUGGGAGGUCCAAUGCGUCGCGGAGCUACUCUGGGUUCUAAUGACCCCGGCCUCAAACACGUUGUCUUCAAUGGCCCUGGGCAUGAACUGACUCGAAGCAGCAACGCCCAGCCGGCAAUCUUCAUCACUAGCUUUGCGUAUCUGCGAGCUCUCGAAGUAGACUAUGGAGCGUCGAUAAGCAACCUAAUUCGAGCAUUCUCUGGGCACUCGUCGGGCGAAUAUACAGCCUGCGCCGCCGCUGGAGUCAUGAGUUUUGCCAAUGCGGUCCACCUUACUCGUCUACAUGGUCUUCUUACAACUCGUACCCUUGAGCUUAAAGGCCUAGCGCCCUAUACAGCCAUACACCUCUCUGACAACCAGAGAGCCCAAAUGUCUGCUCUUAUCAUAAAUGCACCUCUUUACGGCCUUUCUGAUAUCACCCGUGUCCUCUCCGCUAGCGAUACUAACGCCAGUGGACUUGGCCCAGUAGAAAUUGCAAGCAUAAACUCUAGUACACAGAUAGUACUCAGUGGUAGUCGCGCUGGAGUACUGGCUGCCUGUGAGCGACUCUCAGAACUCAAUAUUGCACAUAGGGCUGCGGAUCUUCCUUGCGCCGCACCCUUCCAUUGCUCAUUCAUGACUCCAGCCUCACAGGGCAUGGCAAUCGCACUGGAAGCCGUUACCCUCAACCCACCUCUUCGUCCCAUCAUCCUGUCUCCUCCUACUGGCCAAGCAAGUUACACGCUUACAGGAGACGCCCUGCGGAAUCAUCUUGCUUCUGCCAUUCGAUCGCCAGUUAUGUGGUCAAAUACGGUAACAGGUAUGCCAAAGAGCAAUCUAGGAGUGGAUACUUUAGUAUUUGUAGGACCAGGAAAGGCAUUAGCAAAUCUAUGUCGGAAGGAAAUUCCUGACGGCAUCAAAAGUGUAUCGAGUCUUGCGACUGCUCAUGACUUUGAAACUCUUGCUCAAGAACUUGCAACAUAG